GCGGGGCCUGGGCGUCCGUCCGAUUUGACGGGCAUUUUUGAGCUCCAUACCGCGACCGUCCGUCCGUCCACCUUCAACCUGAAUCCCGCGAACCCGCCCGCCUAGCCGGCUCCGUCCACUCACUUCGACUCGAUCGAUCGACCGAGUGUGGUGUCGUCUCCAACCACCAACAUCACACACCACACACCACACAACAACCACCGACCAUGAACCGUCAGGUGGUCACCUCCACCCUAGGCCGGCGGGGUGUCGCCAGCACCCUUCUCAACGCCCAGCAGCAGCGUCCCUUUUCCUCCACCACCACCCGAUGCGCCGCCGAAGACGAUAAGAAGCCCGCUGCCGCUGACGCUGCCACUCCCUCUCCUCGCGCCCCCGGUCCCAUUAGCGCCAGCCGCCAAAAGUCCGAAGCCGCCGUCGGCAAGCUCACCCAGCUUCGCGGAUCCUUCACGUCCUUGACCAACGACAACUCCUUCCACAAGACCCUUCCCGCCGGUGCCCGUGACGCCCGCCGUCUCGCUGCCGCUCCCAUCGCUGGCAAGGGCACAACCAAGGACGCCAUCGCUCCCCUCGGCGGUGGCGGUGGUGGUGCGUCCGGCGCUCCCAAGGUCAUCAACGUCCGUUCCCUCAAGGGCACCCUCGGUUCUCGCGGCAGCAACAUCCCCGGCGCCGUCGCGCCCGGCGCUGCUCUCCGUCCUCGCUUCGCCGCUGGUCCUAACGGUACCCGUCCGCGCUUCGGUGCUACCCCCGGUACCCCCGGUGCCGGUCCCACUGGCGCUCGCAGACCCCCCUUCGGUGCCCGGCGCGCCCGUCCCGCAGGCGACAAGAAACGCGGAGGAUCCGGAGGAGGAGAGAAGCGCACCAGAGGCGACGACUACGACGCGCCGCCCACCGAAGAAGAGAAAGCCUUCCUCCGCGGCUUGGAGCAAGGCAAAGUAACCGAAUACGUCCCCAAACUCACGCCCGAUACACUGCUGGGGUACGGCCCGCCCCUCGCGACGGACGCGGCGCUGGGUAAAGUGGAGUCAGCAAUGCGCACGAUGCGGAUCUUGGGCGGCGGAUUGCCGUUCAACGACCAGUCGGGCGUCACGAGCGAUCCGACGGCUAUUAAGCACCGGUACGUGCACGAGAAGAAACCCGUGUUUUUCAGCAGUGUGGAGGAGAAGGAGUGGGUGAGGGAGUCGUUGGAUAAGUUUGCGGUUAGUGAGGGGCCGGAGAAGAAGACUAAACAGAAGAUUCUGGAGACGAGCGUGUUGGGUAGGUAUGAGGAACCCAAGUAUGUGGAGAGUUUGACGGAGACGGUGAAAAUGGUGGAGAAGUAUCACGGCGGAACGUUCAGUUAUGCGCCGAGUGAUGCGGAGAAGUUCAAGAAGAAGUUGAACCAGUUGCUUGCUGCUGGUCUGCCGAGGGCGCCGGCUCCGGCUCCGGCUCAGAAAAAGGCGUAGGUUGAGGAAUUGAAGGGGGGU